AUGUUUGGAACCCUUGGUCUACCUUUUGAAGUCUGCUUGCCUAGAUUUGUCUUGGCCUGUUGGUUGCCCUUGUGUUUUUUGGUGCCUCAGCUUGCCUCUGAAAACUGUGCUUCCAAUAGAUCAUGGAUGCCAAGAAAUACCCAUUAUAUUUGUGUUUCUAAUCCCUACUCAAAUGUGAAGCUGGAAUUCAUUCAUCACUCCAUCUGCAUUAUUAACCACCCUCUUAUCCCGCAUCACAAGAACUCUAACUGCUGCCAAGUGCUUCUUACCGAACCCAGUCUAAAGAUCUUCCAGAAAUUAUAG